AUGUGUUCAAAUAAUUAUAUUUUCAAAAUCUUGGGUGCUUGGGCUACUCGUGAUUGCGCGCUAAUAGAUAUGAAGAUCGAGUUCGGUGUUGAUGCUGAUGAUGAAAUAUUGGUGUCUGAUAUAAUUGAUAGCGAUUCUUGGAGACUGUGGCCUUUUGGAGACAAAAGAUUGAUGAAAGACAAGCAGGUUUACAGAAAUUUAACAACUGUUACUGAUGCUGAUCUACAAACAGUAAAACGCAAUUUUGAGUGGGUAGCUGAGCAACUCGAUUAUCUUGUACCUCCGACAAAAUCAAUGGUCGUAAUUUUAAUGGGAUCGCCUUCAGAUGAAGAUCAUUGCAAAAAAAUAGCAAAGUAUGCUACUGAUUUAGGUCUCAGAGCGCAAAUGAGAGUCACUAGUGCUCACAAAGGCACCGUAGAGACAUUAAGGAUUCUUGCUGAGUAUGAAGGGACUGGUGAAAAGGUUGUGUUAAUCGCAGUUGCUGGCAGGAGCAACGGACUUGGUCCAGUACUUUCAAGCAAUACUGCAUUCCCGGUAAUAAACUGUCCACCUGCUACUACUGAGAAUGUUGAUCAAGAUAUUUGGUCUUCAUUGAAUGUUCCGUCAGGUCUCGGCUGUACUACUGUACGUUAUCCUGAAAGUGCAGCUCUAGCCGCAGCUCAAAUUCACGCUCUCCAUAAUCAUGUUGUCUGGUCACGUCUUCGAGUAAAACAACUCAAUAAUUUCGUAGCUUUGAAACAAGCUGAUAUGAAGUUUAGAAAAUUUGAAAUUUGAAUUUUUUAUGAAUUAUCAUAUUCUUUACUUUUAU